AUGGCUGCCAAUAAUACAACUGCAAUCUUCAAUAAUACAACUUCCUGCUAUGACGGAAGUUGCAUGCCAGUGGAUAAAAAUCCUUUUGUCUUCAACAAAUGGGAAAAAACGUUAAUUAUCCUCGCAAAUGCUUCGAUAUUUUGCCUCGCCAUUCCAGCCAACGGAAUCGUAAUCGCAGUAAUAUCACGUGUGCAGAACGUGCGUACACCGACAAGUACAUUUCUCUUAAAUUUGUGCGUCGCAGAUAUCUUAAUCGCAUUGCUUUACAUUCCGUUCAUUACGGUCGACAUGUAUAUCACUAGUCACUGGAUAUUUGGAGACUUCAUGUGCCGAUUGGUAUCAUUUGUAUUCUACCUAGCCACGUAUUUCUCGAUUUUAAUUCUCACCGCUAUAUCGGUUGAGCGAUACAUCUCGGUUUGUCUUCCAAAAAGGCUACGGUUGACCGCUAAGAAAGCGUUUAUAACCACUGUUGUUUUAUGGCUUAUCGCGGUGUGCCUUGCCAUGCCGUUUUUUAUCGUCAAAACCACAAAAGUCCAUCGUCAAGUCGAGCAUUGCGUACUAACCUGGUCGAAAAAGUCAGCUAAGAUUUACCACACUGUCGCUCUCACCCUGUUUUACAUAAUGCCUAUUGCGUUCAUGGGAAUGGUGUACUAUAAAAUUGGAAGAAAAGUUUGGUCCAGUGCGAACAGGACAAGCUCAAUGAAGCUCUCGAAAAAACACUCAGCUCACUCCAAGCUACGCUUUACAAAGAUAGCCCUUGCUAUUAUUUUGAGCUUCACGAUUUCAUGGACCCCACGGAAUGCAGCCAAGACACUGCAUUUGUUCGAUAAGAACUUUCCCUACUCAUACGAGUUUGCUCAUAUCGUGUACCCCAUAAUUUACUGGGUAGCCUUCUCCAACUGCGCCGUCAAUCCGCUAAUCUACUGCUAUAUGAGUCAAAACUUUAGGAAAGCUUUUAAGAUUUUUCGGAAUCGAAGGACACGAAGUUAUCUUGUAGAGUCGAUGAGUGUCAUGUCUAGAUCAAGCUCCAAGCGGUUUAGCAGACGAAUUCAAAAGCCUCCAGAUGAAACCUUUCCUCAAGAGAUGGAUGGGGUACCUAACGAACACGAGGAUCUUCACACAAACUCGGAGGCUCGGGAUGGAUCCCAAGUCAGCAAACAUGAGAUGCGAACCAAAAAAGAUUUAUUUUUAAUAGUGUCAGCGCUAUAG